GUGAUGACAGUAGCUAGCGGUGUGGGGUACACACUGAUCGCGCUUGGGCCGGGGUUUAGUCUCUUCUUCCUCUCUAUCGUGUCCAAGCCCCUUCUUAUUCUUACGCUCCUUGCAAGCACGCUGGUAUGGCUCGCAUCUCUCGUCGCGCUUGCGAUCGUUUGGAGGGGAUUUCUUCCUUUGGGUUCUUCCAGUUGGAUUUGUUUGCCACUUCUAGCUUCGUCGGUGGCUCUUCAGGAGUUUCUUAGAGUUCACUUCUGGCGAACUUUCAAGUAAGAGAGCUCUUUCUUUGUUGUUUUUUUUUUUUCGGAGGUGGAAAUAAGUGUUGAUCAGGAAAGUGGAGUCUUCUCUAAAUGGUGUUGCGGUCAGGAUCUCGAAGCCUCCUCUUAGACCCAGUGAAAAGAUCGAGAUCGCCAUUGCUCUGGGCUUUGGCCAUGGUUUGGCUCACUCGAUCAUGUUUUGCUUGAGCCUGCUUACACCGGCGUUUGGACCCGGGACAUUUUACCUUCGCUCGUGUCCUCAAAUGCCAUUUUUUCUUGUGAUUUAACAGCUGUCAUCUCACUCGGAUUUCUAUUGAUCCACACAUUUUCAAUGGUUAUAUUCUUCAAAGGCUACGAAGACCACAACAGUGGCCUCCGAUUCUUCGUCCCCGCUAUGCACGCCGUGGCUUCCUCGCUGACUUUGGUGAAUCUCGUACAGAACGGGUGUGUAAUUGGCACUCCCCUCGUGAUGCUGUGCGCGGCACUGACGCUUUUCGUGUGUGGAAAAUCCCUGUGGCAAAAGGGGGACUAAACAGGAUAUUCUUUCACAGAAAAAGAGGAGACAAUGGCGCUUGACAUCGCGAGCUUUUGGAUGCCAGGAACUUCGCAAUCAAUGUCCCUUUUUUGACAAAACGUACCAUGGUUUUAAGUCCUAUAAUUCCCAUGGUAGAAAUGUCCCCAGGGUGAAAUAUAAAAAAGUGUGUGUUUUGAGUAGUGUUGUCUUGUUUGGGUUUGGACUCGCGCACGCGUCUAGGGCGCCAAGGUGCGAGGCUAUGGCGGACGGGGAUUCUCGGCGCGCUGUUGCGCGGGCGUGCUCGCAGGUAGCGUGGCGCUGCUAGUCCUUCCCUGCCGAGAAUGGUGUGAGCUGCGAGGGGGAAUUUCUAGGGUUUUAGGUGGAGGAGGAGCAGCAGCGGAAGCCGGCAGGAUAGGGUUUUCUGGGAAGUGGGCCUAGGGUUACUCCAAUGGCGGAAUGGAUGGAGCUGUGAGUAGCGCGCGCGCGCUUGGUUCCGAGGUCAUGUCUUCCUCUCAGAGUAAUAACGAUGCCGCCACUCAACUCGACUUGAACUACCUUCAGAGUUUGCAUCUGCUUGCGGUUCAGCGUGUAAAGGUAUACCGCUUGAACGAUGAAGGAAGGUGGGAUGACAAAGGAACGGGCCAUGUCUCGGUCGAGUACCUUGAGAGAUCAGAUGCUUUGGGCAUGGUUGUUAUUGACGAGGAAGACAACAACACGCUUCUAGUUCAUCGGAUUUCGGCGGACGAUAUCUAUAGGCGGCAGGAAGAAACGAUUAUUUCAUGGACGGAUCCCGAGAUUGCCACGGAUCUGGCUCUGAGCUUCCAAGAGGCCAUGGGGUGUGGGUUUAUCUGGUAUGGAUUGUGUGCGUGGUGGGAUUCUUCUGAAAGUUUGAGCUGCAGGGAGCAAAUUUGUAAUGUUCAAAGGUCUGUUGUUCAUUAUACCAACGUUGGAGCUUUGGAAAACGGGGCCCGUGUUACAAGUGACGAAUUGGAACAUUCUGGUACAUCUCAAGACGAUGAUGACGUGCUCCACGAUAGUGGUAGCAGUGAAAUUCAACAAUUACCCGGCGUUGAGCUAUCCUCGCUUCCGCAGAUUGUGAAGACGAUCGCGGAAGUUGCACCCCCCGACAAAGACCGCGUAGCUUCGCUAAUAAUGAAAGAACAAAGUUAUAUCCCGAAACUGAUGGAGCUGUUCAGGCUUUGCGAGGACUUGGAAAACGUUGAAAACCUUCACAUGAUCUUUCGGAUAGUCAAGGGAAUGAUUUCUUUGAACGACAAGAAUGUGUUCGACACUAUUUUUAGCGAUGAACACGUCAUGGACGUGGUGGGCGCAUUAGAAUACGAUCCUGAACUUUCCUCUCAACAAGAUCAUCGGGGUUUCUUAAAAACUCAAGUUGUCUUUAAGGAGGCUGUACCCAUACAUGACGUAGCCAUUGUGUCGAAGAUUCACCAAACCUAUAGAAUCGGCUACGUAAAGGAUGUUAUUUUACCUCGUGUCUUGGAUGACCAAACGUUUGCCAAUAUGAAUUCGAUGAUGUUAGCGAACAACAAAGCGGUGGUCUCUGCUCUCCAUUCUGAUAAAACAUUUGUAAGUGAUCUAUUUGCAAAACUUCGAUCCCCUGACAUCUCUCAAAAUGUUCGAAACGAUUUGAUAUACUUCCUGCACGAGUUUUGUAACCUUAGCAAAAAUCUUCUUUCUCUUCACCGCUCGGAACUUUUCGGCUCCCUUGUUGAGAAAGGCAUUUUUGAAGUUGUUACAAUGGCUCUUCAAAGUGAAGAUUUAAAUCUGCGUGUAAGUGGGAGCGAUAUCCUGAUUGUAAUUCUCAAUCAUGAUGCUGCUUUGCUACGUACUUUUCUUGUGCAGCAAGAGGGUCACGUUCUUUUUGGUCUUCUGGUCAAGGGUCUGUUGAACUCCUCUGAAGGAGGGUUGCAAGCACAAAUUCUCGAAAUAAUGAGAAUGCUCUUGGACUCUGAACCAUCAGAACAGCAGCCAACCGAAAAGAUUGCGUACUUGGAGAUGUUCUAUGAAAAAUACAUAGAUCAGCUUGUUGAAGUGUUAACUUCUUCCUGUCCGACAAAGGUGGUUACGGAACAUUCGAAGCGAGUCCCUACGGUAGAGAAAACACCAGCAUCUGGCGAGGUGCUCGGCAACAUUUGUGAAUUGAUGUGCUUUUGCGUACUGCAUCAUGGAUACAGGAUGAAGUAUUACGUGAUGCGGAACAACGUUGUAGAGAAGGUCUUGCGCCUUGUUCGAAGGAAGGAAAAAGUCCUUGUCGUCGCGGCUGUGAGGUUCCUCCGAACUUGUGUGGGGCUUAAGGAUAACUUUUAUGCUCGGUACCUUAUUAAGAAUAAUCUUUUUGAGCCUGUUAUUCAGGCGUUUUUAGCUAACGGAAACCGAUAUAACCUUCUUAACUCAUCUGUAUUGGAGUUGCUUGAUUUUAUCCGGAAGUCGAAUUUGAAGGAUCUUCUCAUACAUAUUGUUGAAAACUACGGCAAAAAGCUGGAAUGCGUCGACUAUGUUGAUACUGUUAAGCAACUGAAGGUGAAAUAUGACCAGUAUAUGGAUGAUUCUACUACGUCUAAUCGAGAAGCUCCUGCCGGACCUAGUGGAAUAGAAACUAGUUCCGACCGCUUUAUUGGUCCGCUUCCCAGUCUAAGGAAAAGGAAAGACGAACGUGCACUUGAUAAGGCUGAAGAAGAUUAUUUCAACGAGGAUAGUGAUGACGAAGAGGACAGCGCACAAACGUCUCAGACUAUCACAGUCAAUGGCAAUGCAGUAGAGGAUGCUCCGUUCAGACCAUUCUGCUUGGUUGACUAUGACGAUGAAGAUGACGAUUCCCUUGUCCCUAGCAAUGGGAAAAGCCGUCCUCGAAAGAGUGAUGGAUCGGAACACUGGCCUCAUGCUAAGCGGAGGCCUCAUCUAGGCGACUUUUCUAUACACAAAAAGCUCAGACAAGACAGUGGUGGCCAGUCCGAAUUGGGAAAGCAAGAGGUCGAUGGAAUCAACAGGAUAUCAGUCGAGGGGAAACCACAGAUUGGUAGAACAACUGAUCAACAACCUGGUAGCUUGAAAGGUGGUCUUGACGACAAACGGGACUCCACUAAAUCUUCGAGUAGCAAGGUCAGGGAUGAUAGCGUGGUCUCAAGACUAGGAGCUCCAGGCCGGGUCAGUGCUGGAUGCAAGCUCCAGAUCGAGGCCAAGCCACGGAUCCCGGCAGCAUCGUCUCCAGAGCAAUCGAGUAGCCGAUAGCAGCCGAGAAUGGAUGACCAGUGUACAACGAGCUCGUGUUUUUUGGGACCGCGAAGCAGCGGGAUAUGUACGAGUAGGGAAGAUUAACUUUCGGUGCUGGGACGGUCGCCAGAGCGAGCAGCAAGCAGAUUUUUGACAAAAACGAUCCAGGCGAAGGUCGAGUGAGCUUAACAAAGUCCGGAGAGAAAAUGCAGGAAGGGAUGGAAGUUUUUCUUAUAUUUUUUUUGAUCAGGAGCUCACCGGCGACGUGAGGGAAGCUCUACAAUCGCGACACAUUGUCAAGGUCUCUAAAUAAAUCCAUCAACAACAUCAACACUGACUGGGUGGGACGCAGGGCAAAGACUUUGGACCGCGAAAAAGAAGAAAGAAAGAAAGAAAAGAGACCACGACGAAGAUGACAUACCUAUAUACUAUAUAACUGUUUGGUGAUGGUGGUGUGUAAACUGGUCUCACUCGAGGAAUGUAAAAAAGAAAUCGAGAGAGUGCGCGUUUGUUCUCUCAUGCGAUCAAGUUUCGCGAAGAACACUUGCUUUC